UUGCUCUUGAAAGCUGGGGCAAUCCAAACUGACUCUCAUAUGCUCCUUUCUCAGCAGGCACCUGACCGAGAGGAGAAGGUAGGGGAAGAAGCAGAACGCCCUGCAGAAGCUCACAUGUUCUGUACUACAGGUAAUGCUAAAGUGGAAGACCGUAAUAAUGGAAACAAAAGAAUUCCUAAAGACCCAGAGAGCUGCGACAUCCCAUUCUAUGUGUCUGAAUUUGUAGAAAGGAAGGUUGGAAAUGAUUAUGACUCAUUAAGCAAGCUUGGUGAUCUGAUCAAACAGCUGUCAAAAAACAAAAUAAAAUUAGAAGAACAGGUACUAACAGUUUCAUCAGAAGUUCCCAAAAGAAUUCAGAAGGCCUUGCAGAAUGCAGAGGAUUCUAAGAAAUCUCUCUAUCAGCUUCUAGAGAAUGAGAGAAUUUUGUGCGAUUCAAUUAAUAACUACUUGUUGAUGUCCAGCCCAUGGAUGGAGGAAUUUGGUGCUUUGAUAAGUCAAAUAAAAGAAGUUGAAAGGCAUCUUGCUUAUUUAAAACAGAUUUCACAAAUAGAAGAGUUAAGUGACAACAUCCAGCAGUAUCUAAUGACUAACAAUGUACCAGAGGCUGCUACUACUCUGGCAUCCAUGGCUGAAUUAGAUAUCAGGCUUCAAGAGUCAUCCUGCUCACACCUUUUAACUUUUGUAAGAUCUACUGUUCAAUUCUGGCACAAGAUCCUGAAAAAUAAAUUGUCAAGUGAUUUUGAAGAGGUGCUGACUCAGCUGCAUUGGCCAUUUAUUGGACCAGCACAGUCCCAAGCUUUGGGCCUGGCUACCUCCUCAGCUAAUGCCAUAGAAAUAUACAGUAACUUUGAAACCCUGUUUUCUCAACUCCUAAAACUGCAGACAUCAGAUGAACUGUUAACCAAACCAAAGCAGCUUCCAGAAAAGUAUCUUCUUCCCCCAACUCCACCUAUUAUAUUACCGAUGCAGAUCAUGCUGACUCCCCUUCAGAAAAGAUUCAAAUACCAUUUCACGGGGAACAGGCAAACCAAUGUCCUGAGCAAGCCUGAGUGGUACCUUACCCAAGUACUCAUGUGGAUUGGAAAUCAUGUGUCAUUUCUUGAAGACAAAGUUCAACCCAUACUGGAUAAAGCAGGCACUCCUGUGAAUGCGAGGUUAGAGUUUUCCCGCGCUUUGGUGAUGCUAAUCCUGGAGAAGCUGGAUGCCGACAUUCCUUGCUUGUUGUAUGAUGACAACCUCUUCUGUCACCUGGUGGACGAGAUGCUUCUCUUUGAAAGAGAGCUGCACGGAGUCCAUGGAUAUCUCAGCAGUUUCCCCAGCUGUAUGCACAUUUUAUCCGAAGAAACCUACUUUCAGAGGUGGUUAACUGCAGAAAGAAAAUUUGCUCUUCAGAAGAUGGACUCCAUGCUUUCGUCCGAUGCUGCUUGGGUAUCACAGUACAAAGAUAUCACUGAUGUAGAUGAAAUGAAAGUCCCAGACUGUGCUGAAACUUUUAUGACUCUGCUUCUGGUUAUCACCGACAGGUACAAGCAUCUUCCUACAGCAGCUAGAAAACUGCGGUUCCUUGAACUGCAAAAAGAGUUGGUGGAUGACUUUAGAAUACGACUCACUCAAGUCAUGAAGGAAGAAACCAGAACACCUCUAGCUUUCCGAUACUGUGCAAUCCUCAAUGCUGUCAACUACAUAGCAACAGUCCUAGCAGACUGGGCUGACAAUGUUUUUUUUUUGCAGCUCCAGCAGGCUGCUCUGGAAAUGUAUGCCGAGAGCAGUGCUCUAAAUAAGCUACAGUUAGGACAGCUGGCUUCUAUGGAAAGCUCGGUGUUUGAUGAAAUGAUUAACCUCCUGGAACGACUAAAGCAUGACAUGCUGACUCGCCAAGUAGAUCAUGUCUUCAGGGAGGUCAAAGAUGUUGCCAAGAUAUAUAAAAAGGAAAGGUGGCUCUCCUUGCCUUCCCAGGCUGAACAGGCAGUGAUGUCCUUAUCAAGCACCGCCUGCCCGUUGCUCCUAGCCUUGAGCGACCGGCUCCUCCAGCUAGAGCAGCAGCUUUGCUAUUCCUUGUUCAAAAUCUUCUGGCAAAUGCUUGCAGGGAACGUGGACUUGUUCAUCUAUCAGGAUGUCAUUCUAGCCAAUCACUUCAAUGAAGGAGGAGCAGCACAGCUCCAGUUUGAUAUGACUCGGAAUCUUUUCCCUUUGUUUUCACAUUACUGCAAACGGCCAGAGAAUUAUUUCAAGCACAUCAAGGAGGCUUGUAUUGUACUGAACUUAAAUAUUGGUUCAGCCCUGCUAUUGAAGGACGUGCUACAGUCAGCCACUGAAACCAGAACUGGAAUCACCUUUAAUUCAAAUCAACCCACUGCAGUGGCAGCAUUAAAUGAACUUGGAAUUUAUAAGUUAGCUCCAAAGGAUGUUGAGAUUCUUCUUAAUCUGAGGACAAAUUGGCCUAAUACUGGCAAAUAAACAAGGUAAUAGAAUGGAGAGACA